CGGCUGCUGGAGUGCGCAUGCGGGCGGCUCGCGCAGGCCCGGCAGUGGCAGCCGUCACUCCGGCCCCUUCUCUCCGCUGCCACGUACGGGCGGCGGCGGCGGCGGCGGCGGCCGUGCCCGGGCUCGGACGGGACGGGACGGGACGGGACGGGACGGGACGGAGCAGAGCAGAGCAGAGCAGGGGGCUCCACCGGCAGGAUCCGCGGAGGAGCCAGACUUCCAGUUUUCUGACACUGACAGUGCAUGGAGGCUUAUCCUAACUCUGUCCUGAAGUGAAGUGGGAAAUCUGUCUACUAAUCCAACAUCAGUGAGUCAGACAAGGUCUGCAGACAAUUAAGGAAUCCACCAUGAAUGGGCAGCUGGACUUAAGUGGGAAGCUGAUCAUCAAAGCUCAGCUUGGGGAAGAUAUUAGGAGAAUUCCUAUUCAUAAUGAAGAUAUCACCUAUGAUGAAUUGGUGCUGAUGAUGCAAAGAGUCUUUAGAGGAAAACUUCUGAGCAAUGAUGAAGUUACAAUAAAAUAUAAAGAUGAAGACGGAGAUCUUAUAACAAUUUUUGAUAGCUCAGAUCUUUCCUUUGCAAUUCAGUGCAGUAGGAUACUUAAACUGACAUUGUUUGUGAAUGGACAACCAAGACCCCUAGAAUCUAAUCAGGUGAAAUACCUGCGCCGAGAGCUGAUAGAACUUCGCAAUAAAGUCAAUCGUUUACUGGACUGUUUAGAACCACCAGCUGAACCAGGGCUUUCCACUAAUCUGCCUGAAAGUGAUGCUGUAGAUGGCAGGGAGGAAAAGGCUGCUGCUGCUGACUCUAAUGUUAAGCCAUCCACGCAAGUUAUAGCAGCGAGCAUGUCCGCAUUCGAUCCACUAAAGAACCAGGAUGAAAUCAGCAAGAAUGUCAUGUCAGCAUUUGGCUUGACAGAUGAUCAGGUGUCAGGACCACCCAGUGCCCCUGCAGAAGAGCGAUCAGGAACGCCAGACAGCAUCGCUUCCUCCUCUUCUGCAGCCCACCCUCCUGGUGUUCAGACACAGCAGUCACCGUACCCUGGCACGCAGCCCCAGACUGGUCAAGUGGAAGGUCAGAUGUACCAACAGUACCAGCAGCCCGGGUACGGGGCCCAGCCGCCGGCGGCGCAGGCGCAGCAGCAGUACGGGAUGCAGUACCCAGCAGGCUACAGCCAGCAGCAAACCCCCUCGCAGCAAGCCCAGCAGUUCCCGGCCUACAGCCAGCCGGCCGCCCCGGCCCCGGCCCCGGCCCCGGCCCCGGCCCCGGCCGCCGCCUUCCCGGGGCAGCCCCCGCAGCUGCCGGCGCCGCAGUACGCGGGGGGCAGCUACCCGCCGCAGCCCUACACCACGCAGGCCUCCCAGGCCGGGCCCUACAGCGGCCCCCCCGGCUCCCAGGCGGCUCCCGGCACCUUCCAGCCGCGGCCCGGCUUCACCCCCCCGCCCGGCAGCACCAUCACCCCCCCGCCCAGCGGGCCCAACCCCUACGCCCGCAGCCGGCCCCCCUUCGGCGCCCAGGGCUACACCCAGCCCGGACCCGGCUACCGGUAAGGGGGGGGCCCGCCGGGCACCCGCCGGCGGGGCUGCCCCCCCACGGACUCCGGGGUUGUUCAGCGGAGGUUCCGAACCCGAACCCGGAAUGAGGCAAAACCAGAGCUGUUGAUUAAACUCCGCGGGGGGGGGGGAGGGCAGCGACCCAACGGAUCUUUCCUGCUUUCAGUUGUAUCUGCUUCCUAGUUUAAGUUGGGGCUGGGGUGGUUUGGGGCAACGCUACCUAAAGGUCUGUAAAGUGACUCACUUUCGAGCUUGCCUUGUUUGGAGGGUGCGAGGACGGUAGUUGGAAGUUUAGCCCACUUCUCAGGCUUGUUUUUACUAAUACCAUGAUGUACUAAAUUAGAUUCGUUCUGGAGGUAAAACUAGAUACCGUGUAUUAUAAAUUGUAAUGCUCACAUGGAAAACUAAUAAAAACCCCUGAAUCUA